AGAUGUAGACUUUGUUUAGCCAAACAUUAGCUAUAACACUUAAAUACAUAUUUUGUCUAUUUGUCACUUUCGCCCCGCCUACUGACAGACAGCCAGAUUUAUCCUACAAAUAUUCGCAGUUCAUCCGAGAGAGUCGCAUUUUCAUAUCACACAGUAACCUUUAGCUAAGAGAAUCAUGUUAGUUAAGGUUGUAGUCCCAGUCUUGGUGCUCGUGUUUGCGGUGACCAGCCAAAUAAUUGUCGGAGGCCUAGAGGAUGCAGACAUAAACGACCCGGACAUCAAGCAGGCCCUGCAGUUUGCAGUCGCUGAGUAUAACGUGAAAUCAAACAGCAUUUACACCAGUAAAGUCAUUAGGGUGAUCAGCGCACAGAAACAGAUUGUUUCUGGUAUAAAGUACAUCAUCACCGUUAAGAUGGCCACGACUUCCUGUAAAAAGACUCUUGCCAAAAAGAAAUGUCCUGUCCAUUCGAAAUCAGCGAUCGCAAAACCUCGUACAUGCGAAUUUGCAGUGUGGAGUCAGCCUUGGCUCAACCGCAUGGAGCUGGUUGAAAAUACCUGCUAAGAGAGAUCAGUACCAUCAAAACUGAUAAACACUUCAAAAGUAAAUUUAGUAACCUGCCUCUGCUAUCAAAUACUGUAAUUUGGCAUAUUCAUUUCAAUAAAAUGAUUUUAUGAAUGCA